AUGGAAAAAGCUGAACCUUGGACAGGAGGCACUGACGAGGAAUAUGAAACGCAACAUUUCGGUUUCGGCGCUCAAAGAUUCAAGCUAUCAGUGCGACAAAUGGUCGAGCAGAAAAUACAGUCUGCCUACAAAGAAAUGGAGUCAUUUCUCCAACAAUCCGUAAAAAUUACCGACGAAGAAAAAGUCGCUCUCACUGAAGCUUGUAAUAAACUCGUGCGUAUGCAUUUAGAACGGGCUGGCCCCUCGCUUGAGAACAUUGAUAAAGAAAUUGAGUCCAUGAUGCAAGUGCCACAUAAUGUCUUAUUACCUGAAGAUGAAGUGCAGUUGGAGGAGAUAACUGAUGAAGAAUAUAGUAAGCUUCAGGAUGAGGUUGCUGAUCUGCGUAGAAGGCUCGAACAGAGCACUCUUAUGGUUACAUUGCUCACUGCUGAAGAAGAAGAGUUGUCGUCAGCUGCAAAGGUGUGUGAAAUAGCCAAAAAAGACAUGGAGGUGCUUGAUUCAUUGCACAAGAAUCUCGAAGAAAGUGGUAAUGCUAGGAAACUACUCAAUGAAGUACAGUUUCUGCGCGCAAGUGUACCUAUCAAAGAGGAUGAUGAAGAUAACUUUUUUGAUGAUAAGGUUAAGGAUUCAGAAUGUAAUUAG